CAGUAGAGAGAGAGAGAAAUCAUGGAGAUUGAUCUGUCACUGAAAAUAGAUCAUCACAAAGGAGAGUAUUGGAAAGAAAAAACUCAGCAAAAAGAUGAAGAAGAAGAAGAAGAAGAAGAAGAAGAAGAAGAAGAAGAAGAAGAAGAAGCUUAUGAUCAAGAAAUAAUGGAAAAAAUGGUGGAAGAAGCUGUUGUUGAAGCUGAUCAUCACCCUGAUCUUGCUGCCUCUAGUUUGAAAGUUUUCUUGCCACACAACAUUAAUGGAGGAGAGAUUUCAGAGUUGCAGACGGAGAUGAAUCGCAUGAAGGAAGAAAAUAAGCUUCUGAGAAAAGCAGUUGAACAAACAAUGAAAGAUUACUAUGAUCUUGAAAUGAAAAUUGCUGUCAUCCAACAAAACAACCUCCACAAAAAGGACUCUCGUAGCUUUCUACCAUUCAACAAAAGCCAUGAUGUACCGAAAACAGACCUUGAACUUAGAGAGAUGGCGAAGAAGAGACGAGUAAUUCGGUCGCCAUCGAAAGACGACGGAAUGAGAGAGAGCGAACUAGGGUUAUCAUUAGGACUUCACACAAACAGUAGCACAGCUGAUUUAGAGCAACAAGAUGACCAAAGGGAGGGAGAAGAGAGAGACAAGAAGAAGCAGGAAGAUUUAAGAGUACCCAACUUCAACUCAGUCCAAAACAAGCCUCAAAGGCCUGAGUUGCAAGGAAUUGCACCCCCACAUAACAGAAAAGCUAGGGUUUCUGUGCGAGCAAGAUGUGAAGCUGCCACUAUGAAUGAUGGUUGCCAAUGGAGGAAAUAUGGUCAGAAAAUUGCUAAAGGGAAUCCAUGCCCUCGAGCCUAUUAUCGUUGCACAGUUGCACCAGGAUGCCCAGUUAGAAAGCAGGUACAAAGAUGUUUGGAAGACAUGUCGAUUCUGAUAACAACGUACGAAGGAACACACAACCAUCCACUCCCUGUUGGAGCCACAGCCAUGGCUUCCAUAGCCUCAGCACCACCUUCCUCUUCUUCUUCCUUCAUGUUCUUAAACUCUCUUCCAAACCCUAAUAUUAAUAUCUUGAAUUCCUCUUCAUAUUCUACAAACCCUAAUCUCUACCCCUCACCCUCCAAUAAUUGGAUCAACCCCUCUCAUUCUUAUUACCACACCAACAAUCAUUUUCAGCCUCAUGAUCUUUUGAAACCGUCCGAAGAUCACAAGCCCCCGUUGACGCCAGAGAGCGUCUCCGCCAUUGCUUCCGACCCCAAGUUUCGAGUCGCGGUCGCAGCCGCCAUUUCGUCGCUCAUUAACAAAGACGGCCAGCAUCAGGACGGCGGCGGAGAAAAGAAGAAGGAAAUGGGGUUCGUUGUGGACUAAAGGUUUGGUUUUUGGAACUAGAUGAUCAGUUGUUUCUGAAAUGGCUGCAGGUUAAACCAUUUGAGAUUAUUUUCCUUUUUUUUUUUCUGCUUGAUCAAAAGAUCAUCUGUGUUUAUAUUUGUAGUUUUUUAUUUCAUUUUCUGAUAAGAGUUUUGUAAGAAUAAUUCAACGAAUCAAGGAAUAAACACCUACGUUGUUUGAUGUUAUAUUGACAUCAAUUGAAUGUGGGGAAUAUGAUAUGGGAAAGAUCAACUUUUUCAUUUUCUUUUC